UGCCGCUGCCGCGGCCGCACCGGGCGCCACGGCGCCCUCUGCGGUGGCGCGGGCGGCGCAGGCGGCAGCGGAGGCGGCGGGAGGCUCAGCUCAGGAGGCGUUUCAGCAGGCCAGCGAGGCAGUGACCCGGGCGGAGGUGCAGAGGGGGAAGAGCUCAAGAGAGGUGGGGAUGGCGGCGAGACAAGCCGUGGCAGAUUUCUCAGACCCGCUGCAUGCGAAGUCUCUGGCUUUGAGAGCAGCGAUCCAAGCAGUGGUGAGGAGGAACGCCUUGCACCACGACUCCCCCAACCUCAUGGCGCGGGAAGCACAUUUAGCCGCCCAUGCGGUGGGAUUGCCAUAUGAUCACUUGAAGAUUUGUGAGAUCGCCGUGGAGGCGCUGGCCGAGCGCCUGGCCGCGGAGGGCGCCACGGCGCACGACCUGGGCGUGGCCACAAAGGACCUGGCGCUCUCCUUGGCGAUCAGCCCACCUGGAGGCUUGAACUCGACCACUCAGGAGCUUCUCUCCCUUCAAUCCGCGAUGUUCUUGGCCUCAAAGGCAGCAGCGCGAGCUGCCUUAAGACAUCAGAUGAAGGAGAAAGACACAACCUCUCCUUCGUUGAUCCCCGGCAUGCUACAGCAAGCCAUCUUCCAAGCGAAGCAGGCAGCGCGAGCGACUGGCCACCCAUUGGGGGAGAGAGAAAUGGCGCACUUGGUGGGAAAGACGGUCAUAGCCUUGAGCCUCGAGAAGGGCGAAACCUACACGCUUCCGCAGAUCUUGAAGACAGCCAUUGAUGCCUUGAAUCCGAGCCCCGAAGAGACCCGAGCAGCGGCAGCGGCUGCUGCGAAGGAGGUUGCUAGGGCUGAAGCCUUGGAUGGAGAAAAUCCGGCGUUGAUCCGCAAGAAGUGCUUGGAAGUCCUACGGGAUUUGCCACAGGGAGUCAUUGGCCCCGUGAAGGACACC